AUGACAGGCCCAGUUAAAAAGCAAAGGUCCCGCUCCUCUUCUUCAGUUAGACUUGUUGUUGAUAAACCAUCUACUGAUAAAUUUGCUACACAGUAUGCUACUAUCAAUCAUUUGAACAAGUAUCCGACGUUGAUAAAGUGGCUUAAUGCCUUGUUGAGCUUGUCUUUGGUGUCAAAUAUAAUUUCUACCAUUUCCCUAAUUUUGUUCCAGUUCAGGAUCAAAGUCAUCGAGUCUCCAAAGACCCCAACGUUCGUGAAAAGAUCGUUCAACAGAUCAGUUGCCAUUGUCAAGAAGUUGGACGAAUUCAUCAACACCUUGGUGUUCAGAGAAGGUAUUGAUACGUUCGUUGAAGAAUACCAUGACCAUGGGAAGUUAGGUGUAUGGGUGGCAUAUUUCGUAGUAGACUAUACUGCUAAUGUGGUGAACUAUACAGUGAAAGAAUUGAUUUUGAGACCCUUGUCUUUAAUCAAGGAUGAGACGCAUCCAUCUUCUAGUGGGAAAUCUGUUGACUUGCCCCAUUUCAAGGAGUUGGGAAACACUACCAAGGAUGUAUUGGAGCCUACUAAAGAGAAAUUUGUUGCCAGGUAUGAUAAUCUGGUGAAGCCAGCUAAGGAUGGUUAUGAACAAGCCAUUUCCACGGCAAAGGAAACAUAUUCAACUGCCUACAAGACUGUUUCCGAUAAAUACGACACGAACUUCAAGGAAACUGAAUCCGUUCCUAGAGCUAUCUUGACUACAGGGUCAGAUUUGGGUUCAUUGACCAUUGAAAAAUUGAAGAAGUACAACGGUGUCGGUGAUGAGUCAAAUACAACUGUCGACACAGAAACCUCCGUCAAAGGUUUGAAAGGUCUCUCUACCUGA